CCUUUUGAUUGGAGCCUGGCCUCUGUACAAUCAAUUUAGACUUUUGGUGCUGCUGAUACAUAAGAGGAAAUCAGAUGGGGAGUGGUCAGCAAGCUGAGAAGACUUUGGAGAAUCCUUUUCAGAAUCACUUCUGUGGAAAAGCUAACGAAUUGGGGAUUGGUUUUUGUUGCUCAAUUAAAGGCAUGUUUCUAUCUAAGCAAGUUAAAGUCUCCUGGUUACAGGUUGUGUUUUCAGUCUCAUCACAUGUUGUGCUGAUAAUUUCAGUCUACGUCCACAUAUUAGCAAAAAAGAGGAAAGGAGGAAAAGAGAAGGACGACGAAGAAGAAGAAACUUGUUUGCUUCAACCUAAAAAAGAAAAUUUGACUAUUUUGCACACGAACUUGCUUUGUUAUUUCUUUUGACAUUAAAAUAAAUAAUGUCCAAACUCACUUCUUACUCUUUUUAGAACUUUUCUCCUGCAGACCAUUGCGAAAU